AUGUCCACCCGGCUCCACAUCAACCAGCAGUACCACCACCACAACAAGCACAGGGAGGACAGGGAGGACAGGUGCCACCAGAUCAAGCACCGUCAUUUGCGAGAAGAGGCAAACAAUUUGCUUUAUAUGCAAGAAUCGGAUCAAAUAACUAACGAUCAGUCGGCCUUCUAUUACACUAAACUUCAUGACUUUAAUAGUGACGGAAGGCUCGACGGAUUAGAGCUGUUGUUAGCGGUAAAGCAUUCACUGAUUCACCACAACGCCAGCUAUGAAUUUACGCCAUUGGAGGACAUGUCAAAUUAUGUCGAUUCGGAGCUAAGUUUAAUGGACUUAAAUAACGAUGGAUAUGUAGAUUAUGGAGAAAUCUACACUUAUAUGCAAAACAAUAAACAAAAUAAUCAAGAUAAUCAACCGAAAACUCAAUAA